AUGGAGUCCGGGGACGAGCCGGGCUGCUCCAUCUGUCAGGACGCGCACACGGAUCCCGUCACGCUGAGGUGCGGACACAACUUCUGCCGGGUCUGUAUCAGCCACCAGCUGGAUGAGGAGGAAGGCUCCGGGGGUUACACCUGCCCCAAAUGCAGGAAGAGGUUCCACGAGAGGCCGGCGCCGCAGGAGAACAGAGGCCUGCGCGCCGCGGACGACUGUUUCAUCACGCCGCCCCCCGAAUAUCAGGCCCGCGACAUCUUCUGCACCUACUGCAUUCACGCCCCGGUGCCCGCCGUCAAGUCCUGCCUGCUGUGCGAAGCCUUCCUGUGCGAAGAUCACCUGAGGGUCCACAGCAAGUCCCCGGAGCACGUCCUCUCCGAUCCCAACACGUCCCUGGAGAACAGGAAAUGCUCCGCCCACAGGAAGAUCCUGGAGUACUACUGCCCCAAGGACGCCGUGUGCGUCUGCGUGUCCUGCAUCGCCUUCGGGGAACACCGGGGCCACGUGGUGGAGCCUCUGAACGCGGCCUUGGAGAAGAAGACGGGGAGGCUCAGGUACUUCCUGGAGAAGCUGACCUCCAAGAAAAAGAGGACGGAGAAGAAGGUGCGCAACCUGCAGAAGCGCAGGACGGACGUGCAGGAGAAGGCCUCCUGCGUGACCAGGAGGGUCUCUGCGCUCUUCCGCGACAUCCGGGAGCAGCUGGACCUCCUGGAGAAGAGGGUCCUGGGCGAGGUCUCCGGGUGGGAGGAGCACGUCUCCCUGUCCGUGUCGGAUCUGAUCCAGCAGCUGGAAGUCAAGAGGGACGAGCUCUCGGGGAAGAUGCGCCACGUCGAGGAGCUGUGCAACGUGGCCGACCCGGUGACCGUCCUGCAGGGGAGGGAGUUCCCGAGGGACGACCUCUGCGACCCCCAGGACGGGGACGACGAAGCCAGGGAGCGGGAUUACAGGAGGAUCUGCGAGUCCGACGACCUGGACGAGGGUCUGAUCUCCGCGGCUCUGCACGCCGGCCUGGCCGACAUCAUGACCGGCGUCAAGAGAGGCAUCUACGUCUCGGAGUCUCUGGACAUCCUGCUUGACCCGGACACCGCCGGCAACUACGUCACCGUAUCGGGGGACCUGAAGACCGUCUCCUGGUCGGAGGUCAGCCAGUAUCGCCCGGAGACCCCCGAGAGGUUCCAGUACUGCCAGGUCAUCAGCAGCAGGAGCUUCACCUCCGGCCGGCACUACUGGGAGGUGGAGACCAGCGAGUCGGGGGACUGGAUGAUUGGGGUGUGUUACCCCAGCAUUGACCGCAAGGGGGUGCAGUCCUACGUCGGGAACAAUCACCGUUCCUGGGGGCUGUGCAAGUUCAACCACGAGUAUUCCGUGAUACAUUGUAGCGAGGUGGCCCCCGUGCCGUACUGUACUUCCUGCCGGAGCUUCCGGAUCUAUCUGGACUACGAGGCCGGCCAGCUCUCGUUCUACCAACUCCGGGGUCCCAUCCGCCACGUGCACACCUUCUCCGCCACGUUCACCGAGCCCCUCCAUGCCGUGUUCUACGUGUGGGGCGACUGGGUGAGGAUCAGGAGCUGAGGACUAC